AUGCGCUUCCCUCUCCUCCUCCUCCUCGCUCCCCUCCUCCUCGCGGCGCACGCAGCCGCCCUGUCCGCCGCCAAGCAGUUCAGCCUCGACCCCGACACGACAGCGUCCACGCCGUUCCUCCAGUGCCACGGCGGCAUCACCAAGGCCGUCAACCUCCCUGGGCGAGACACCAACUUCCCCGAGGCGAUCACGCUGAACUGCAAGUUCAAGACCUGGAACACACUCAUGGCCUCGUGCCUCCUCCGCGCGUGCGUCUCGGCCCCCGACCUCGCCUACGCGUCGUUCUGCCGCCGUGCCGGGGUCCCUGGCGUCGAGUUCACCUUCCCCCAGUGGUUCCUCGAGAGCGACGGGGGCGCGUAUUACCUGGCGUCGCUCGAGUCGAGCGCCGCGGGGAGACCUGGCGUCGCUGCGGCGGCGGCGCUCGCUGGUGUUGUCGUCGCUGCGUUCAUUCAGUGA